AUGGCUACAGAUCGGAAGAACUCGAACUUGCCUGACCCUCGGGCGGGUCAAACCCCGACAAGAUUGCCCAAGCCCCGACGAGUUCUCGCAUGCGUGGCUUGUCAACAACGCAAAGUCAAAUGCGAUCGAAAGUUUCCUUGUGCAAAUUGUCUAAGGCAACGCAUACCAUGUAUACCAGCUGGAAAUCCCCGUCCAAGGAAACGUCGAUUCGCGGAGCGCGAGCUAUUGACCCGUAUCAGGAGGUAUGAAGACCUACUCCGGGAGAAUAAAGUCAAAUUCGACCCUCUGCAUGGCAACAACAAUCCCAAUGAUGAUAUGGGUGAGGAAAUGUCGGAAUACGAAGGCCAUGAUGAUUUAACCGGAUCUUCUCCUGCAACAUCAACGAGGUCGGAGAAUGCAUACGAGCCCAAGCUCUGGCAGAUAUACCUUGAAAAUGUCAAUCCUCUCUUCAAAGUUACCCAUACGCCUUCUUUACAAGGGAAAAUAAUCGAGGCCUCAAGCAACACGGCAAAUAUUGAGCCACGCCUCGAAGCUCUGAUGUUCAGCAUAUACUGUAUGGCCAUCCAGAGUCUCGCCACGGAAACCUGCCAAGCUAUAUUUGGCUUGUCGCGAGAUGAUCUUUUGACAAAAUAUCAAUUUGGCUGUCAACAAGCUUUGUUAAAUUGUCAGUUCCUACGAUCAGAUGAUCGGGAAUGCUUGACCGCGUUAUUCCUUUUUCUCUAUUCGCUCCAGUCGAACACCAAUCCUCGCACUCUCUCAUCAAUGAUUGCCCUUGCCAUACGAAUGGCAGAACGUAUGGGAAUACAUAGCGAGUCUUUCUUGUCCAGGUGCACCGUUUUCGAGGCUGAAAUGCGCCGAAGAGUAUGGUGGUCGCUUAUGCUCUUCGAUAGCCGGGUUGGUGAACUUUCGGAGAUGAAAACCUCAUCCCUGAAUCCUACCUGGGACUGCAAACCUCCUAUGAAUGUCAAUGACUCGGAUUUAUGGCCAGAGAUGAAAGAGCCCCCCGUUGCAAGGAGUAAAGUCAGCGAGGCGAUUUUCGUUGUCGUGCGGAGCGAAAUUGCUGACUAUGUCCGCCAUUCUUCGUUCCAUCUUGAAUUCUUGAACCCUGCGCUAAAGCACAUCGCAAACAUGCUUCAUAGUGGCGGAGAUGUGGCCACGCUUGACAAGAAAAUCAGAGAGGAGUAUAUUAAAUUCUGCGAUGAAGAAAAUCCGCUUCACUUUAUGACAAUAUGGGCACUGCGAGCACAGGUUUCGAAAUACUACCUUUUGGAAUGCUAUGCGCGAUUUCUGGAUUCUACUACGGCUCCCACAGAAACAGAAAGUGAUUCUUUUGUCGAGCAUGCAAUUUGUAUGCUCCAGGCUGAUACAAAGAUCUAUACUUCGCCUCUGAGCAAAGGAUUUAUCUGGCUCAUGCAGUAUUACUUCCCUUUCCCUGCGUUUAUUCAUAUUAUGCAUGACUUGAAAAAGCGCCCUACUAGUGGCCAUGCCGCUCGAGCUUGGCAAGUGAUGAAUGAUAACUUUGAGACCCGGUUCAACCCUGUUGAUGAAGUCCAUGCUCCUCUCUUUGCUAUGUUUGCCAAUGUCAUUCUUCGCAAAUGGGAAGGCAUCGAGGGAAUUCUGAAGCAGUGUAGAGCUUCGACUGUUCCCCCAAAGCUUGUUACCAGUAUCAAGCAAAAGCUAUCAGAUAUAGCCAAUAAGACCCCAGAUCCCAACGCGGAUCUACAUGGUGAUCGCUUAGGUACUCUGUUUGAUCAGAUGUCCGCGCCAGCGACAAUGGGAAUGGGGGCAAACAUAGGUAUGGGCAUGGGAAUGGGAAUGGGAGUAGAUGCGGGGUUUGGAGCUGAGUGCCUUUUCGAUGGGCUGGGUGGACAAUCUACUUUCUUCGGGUCGGAUCCAAGAAUGUUUUCUAAUAUUGACCAGCCGGGGCUCACGGCUGACAUGAACCACUUGACCUGGAUGUCUAUGAUGUGGGGUUCACGAGAGCGGCCCGGAUGGCGAGACUCAUAA